AAGCUAUAAAUAGUAGCAAAAUCCUAAUUUGCCGGGUAGAUUGCAUUUUGUUUGACCAAACCCACCACACAAUUACUUGAAGUGCUGUCCUAAUCUCUCUCGCUUGAUUUCUCUCCCCAACUGCAUCAGCCAUCAGGAAAGCAACCAUGACACUGAGAAUUGCUGCUAGAUAUGUUUCUCGUAGGCUUUCUAGUAGUGGAAAAGUACUUAGUGAAGAGGAAAAGGCUGCUGAAAAUAUCUUCAUCAAGAAAUCUGAAAAGCAGAAGUUAGAGAAGCUCGCACACAAGAAUGCUAAACCAGAGGAAAAACCAUCAGGAAUUCCAGGAUCUGUAUCUGGUGCACAACCCAGUAAUCAGAGCUCAACAUCAACCAGUGGGUCCCGUAACUAUGGUGUUAUAGCUGGAGUUGUCACUGUUUUUGGUGCACUAGGGUGGUAUUUCAACUCCAAGAAAUCGGAAGAGGCUCACAAAUAAGCAUGGCAUUUGCUAAACCAUAAUAUGCACCUGAACUUACUUCCAAGCUCUAGUUUUUCUCAGUUGGUGACAAUAAUGCAAGUGAAACCAUGCGUGAUUCAUAUCUGUAUGAUCCAUCAUGUUGAUCUCAGAAAUUGUUCACCCCUCACAACUUCCCUUUACUUUGUCUCAGUUUUUAUCUAAAAGAACAUAUACUUCCCUGAUUCUGGUGAACAAGAUUGCACUUUACUGAAGGUUAAUCUUAUAACAUUACCGAGCUUUCAUAAUAAAGAUUUUGAGUAAUUUUGUUCA